AUGAAGAGUGCAAACUUCAGAGAUGAUGGCAUGACAGACAUUCCUGAGAGGUUGAAAGGGAGGUAUGCUUCUGAUGUUCUUGCAGGAAAGGACCAGACAAUUGCCGAUGGGGUUGAUGUGAUAUCAAUUUCUAUGGGGUUUGAUUUUGUUCCUUUGUAUGAAGACCCCAUUGCCAUAGCUCCAUUUCGGGCUAUGGAAAUGAAUGUUCUUGUUUCUGCCUCAGUUGGAAAUGCAGGCCAUGCAAUUGGAAGAUUGCAUAAUGGAAUCCCAUGGGUUUUAACAAGUGUAGUUGGCUCCAUUAAUCGUUGGUUUGCAGGGAAUUUGGAUCUGAGAAAUGGUCAAGAAAUCAUUGGAUGCAUGGUGAAGCAUCCAGAAUGGAGCCCGGCUGCCAUCAGAUCAGCCAUGGUUACAACAGCCCACCCCUAUGAUAACACCAAGGAUCUGAUAAAACAUUCUGGUCUGAAGUACACUGUUGCCACCACUCUUGCCAUAGGAGCAGGACAAGUCAAUCCAAACAGUGUUCUUGAUCCUGGGCUCAUUUAUGAUGCCACAAACAGUGCUCUUGAUCACGGACAUGUUGCUGGGAGUGGGAGACUGCUCUGGAGGGUCGCGAAGGAUCAUCGCCGACCUGGAGCAUCUUGA